UUCUUGUAGCUGACGCCAGGUCCGUCUUUGACAGCCUGUGGUAAGGGCGCAGAAAAGCGAAACCUCAAAACAUGUCGGUCUUCCAGUGACUAUACGUUGUAUUUCCCAUAUUUCCAGCAUGACAGUGAGCGUUAAAACGCUGUGAUUGUGUAUUUUUGUAAAAGGUUCGACACACCGCGUUACGAGAUGGAAACUCUGAUUCCCAUCAUUAACAGACUGCAGGAGGUUUUCCUCACACUUGGAGCCGAAAUCAUCCAGCUUCCUCAGAUCAUAGUCGUGGGAUCACAGAGCAGUGGAAAGAGUUCAGUAUUGGAGAGUUUGGUUGGAAGAGAUUUCCUCCCCCGAGGUUCAGGAAUAGUGACACGUCGCCCUCUAGUGUUACAGCUGGUGAACGUGCCCCCGCUGGAGGAGAGGCGCAAACAAGACAAUGGAAAUGGAGCUAAACAAAACUCUCAAAACACCUAUCCAGGAAUCAAAGCAGAGGAAUGGGGCACCUUCCUUCACUGCAAAAACCAGAUUUUCACAGAUUUUAAUGAAAUCCGGAAAGAGAUUGAGGAGGAAACAGAUCGCAGUACCAAUAAUAAGGGCAUCAGUCCAGAGCCCAUUUACCUGAAGAUCUAUUCCCCAAACGUACUCAGUCUGACGUUGGUUGACUUGCCUGGCAUCACUAAGGUCCCGGUUGGUGACCAGCCUGAAGAUAUUGAGACUCAAGUCCAAGAGAUGAUUCUGUCCUACAUCUCCAACCCCAACUCCCUCAUCCUGUGUGUAUCUCCUGCAAACUCUGACCUCGCCACAUCUGAUGCCCUUAAACUGGCACGAGAGGUGGAUGCAGAUGGUCGUAGGACGUUGCUGGUCGUGAGUAAGCUGGAUUUGAUGGACGCGGGGACAGAUGCUCUGGAGGUGCUGCUGGGUCGUGUCAUACCGGUCAGACUGGGCAUUAUUGGUGUGGUUAACAGGAGCCAGCAUGACUUGAACACCCAAAAGAGUCUCACCGACUCCUGCAAAGAUGAGCAGGCGUUUCUGCAGCGCCAUUACCCGUCAUUAGCCUCCCGCUGUGGCUCGCGUUACCUGGCUCGCACCCUGAGCCGACUGCUCAUGCAUCACAUCAGGGACUGUCUCCCGGAGCUCAAGACACGAGUAACGGUGCUCGCUGCCCAGUACCAGUCCCGACUCAACAGCUACGGGCAGCCUGUGGAAGACCACAGCGCCACCUUGCUGCAGAUCGUCACCAAGUUUGCCACCGACUACUGCAACACCAUCGAAGGCACUGCCAGGCACAUCCAGACCUCUGAAUUGUGUGGAGGAGCUCGUAUCUGUUAUAUAUUCCACGAGACAUUUGGAAGAACCCUGCAGUCCAUUGAUCCACUUGGAGGACUCACAGAGCUAGAUAUUCUCACAGCUAUUCGAAACGCUACGGGUCCUCGGCCAGCGCUGUUUGUUCCUGAGGUCAGUUUUGAGCUGCUGGUGAAGAAACAGAUCAAGAGACUGGAGGAGCCCAGCAUGCGCUGCGUGGAGCUCGUACACGAGGAACUUCAGAGAAUCAUCCAGCACUGCUCUGCCUACAGCACACAGGAGCUUUUGCGGUUUCCCAAACUACAUGAUUCAAUAGUGGAGGUGGUUACCAGCUUACUCAGGAAACGUCUGCCCAUUACCAAUGAGAUGGUUCAUAAUCUAGUUGCAAUCGAGUUGGCCUAUAUAAACACCAAACAUCCUGAUUUCACAGACGCUGCCCAAGUGUCUGCAUCUGUCAACAGCCAGCAGGUACUAAAACUCUCUCUCCGUCUCUCUCUCCAAAUCCAAACAGGAUUAGUCUUUGUUCUAUCGUCUCUUUUGCAGGCAGAGGCUGGGGAUGGAGGUAAGCGAUGGAAGAAUGAAAAGAUGCCGUCGGAGGAGAAAGGCCCCGUGCCUGCAUUUGGAAGCCCCACCAAAGCCAUCAACCUGUUGGACACGGCCGUGCCAAUAUCCCGCAAACUAAGCACUCGAGAGCAGAGGGACUGUGAGGUCAUCCAACGGCUCAUCAAGUGCUACUUCCUGAUCGUGCGCAAGAGCAUCCAGGACAGUGUGCCAAAGACGGUGAUGCAUUUCCUGGUGAAUUUUGUGAAAGAGCAUUUGCAGAGUGAGCUGGUCGGUCAGCUUUACAAACAGCCUCUGCUGCAGGAACUGCUCAUCGAGUCUCAGGAAACUGCUCAGCAGCGCACAGAGGUUGCACAGAUGCUGGAGGCCCUGAAGAAAGCCAAUAACAUUAUCUCAGAGAUCCGGGAGACUCAUCUUUGGUAGCCAAACGUUCUCUUGAACAUUCUGUCCAGGGAAGUGUUUACAUGUUUGUGCGUGCGGUAUGUGUGUAUGUAUGACAUGGGUCAAAUAUCUGAAGAAAUUCAAUGCCUCUGCCAGCAUGAACAUUCAACAAAAUGUGUACAGUUUUACAAAUGCUCUUUAUUUUUACUGUAUAUACACUGAUUCCAUAACUGUGUGUUUGACAGGGGUGUGUGUGUGUGUAUGUGUUACUGUGUUUGUACUCAGUAGCUCAGAUACAGUGAACAUAUCAAGCCUAUGUCAUUUUUUUUUUUUUUCAACAUUAGGACAGUUGCUCUUUCAUUUAAUGUUAUAAGAAUUGAGUUAUGUCUCAAAUGGUACUAAGAACAUCCCAAGACCAGUCUUACACCAAAUCGAGCUCUCACACACUCACAUGACUGAUAACAGGAGUAGUUCACCAAUGAAAAUAGUUGGACACGAAAAUUUCCAACAAUUAAAAUUUUAAUUUUUUCUUCAUUUACUCGCCCUGUCAUUCAAAACCUGUAUGACGUUCUACUCUAUCUGCUAUAGGACAUGGGAGAUGUUUUGAAGAAUGUCCACACUCUUUUUUACAUUCAUUGAAAACAUUUAGUGCAUUCAAGCUCCAAAAUGGACUAAAAGCAUCAUAAAGGCACCAUAAAUCAUCAUAAAAGUAGUCCACCCGACACAUUCAAUAGUUUUGUAUGAGGACUGAAAUUUAAGUUAUUAUUCACUGAAUAUUUGAUGUGGAAUGACAUGAUGAAGAGUAAUUAAUUAAUUAAUUAAUUAAUAACUCAUUUUUUAAGUGAACUACUCCAAUAAUAUGCUGUAAAUAUAAUGUAAUUUAUGUGGUGUCCAGCUUUACAGUAAAUCUAAGAAACAAGAACAGCCCCUUUAUUAGAUUUGGUCAAAUUCAUGCAUGUUGUACACUACUGUACAUGAAAACUUAAGCUAUGUAAUUUCACAGCCAAUAUGGACUAAAAACAAAACGGAGAUAUAAUAUUUGAUCAUGUGAGUGAGAUAGAUGAAAGAAACUCAAUUAUCCUGUUACAUUUAGAAUAAUUAAUGAUGUAACCCGUGACUGAUGUCUAGACAUGGUGCAAAUAAACGGUAGUGCAGUGUGAAGAGCCAUAGAACAAAGAGCCAUUGUGUUUGGUUGUGCUCCGAAACACUUCAAACCACGCUUGGAUGUGCCGAAGACUUGACUGCCAUGUAAUAUUUAUGCUUGUAUGAAUAUUUAUUGUGAGAGUGAGUACGCCUGUGUCAAAGAAGGUCAAAUGAGAAAGAACAAAGAAAUGAAAACAUUCAAUCUGAAUGGCUGUUUGAAGCAUUGAACACCAAGAAUGAAAAGAGUGCUUAGUGUCAAAUACAAAAACUACAAAAAUUAAAACCCAACACAAAUGUGGCCAGUGGGGCUGUAGAGAAUUUGGUAGUUGUUGUAUUGCCAGUUAAAAUCAAUAUUAAUGUGUGUGGGUGUUUAUGUUGGGGGCAAUGUCACAUAAUUUUUCAUUGAUUUCUUGCAUUGGGAUGCAGUGUAAACAUUGCGCUCCUCUACCAACCAAUCAACCAUAAAAAAUAGAUGUGCCAGAAAGGGUGAGAGAAGCUAUAGAAGGGGAAUUAUUAAAAAUAAUAUAAACAUAUUUAUAUACAUUUUCAAAUACCUGAUAAUGUAAUAAGCAUGCAUUUCUUGUUGACCUCAAACUUUAUACCACUAGAUUGUGUCCUGCCUCAUAUUUUCAGAAUAUUCCACUGGAUAUGUGUGACGCAGAGAGUAUGUACUGUAGAGAUGUUUUAAAUUUCAAGAGAUUUGAACAAUUUACUUAGUAGGCUGCUUGAGUGAAGUAAGAUCCGUAGAAACGUUUCAGAGGCUGAUGGAUUUUAAUGAGCCCCGUUGCAAUCUCAGCAUGAUGCUGUAUGCAAUCUGAUCCUAAAUAGUCUCUAGCAUUUUAAUGAAUCUUAUGGAACCUGUCAAUAACAUAUUUAGGUCAAGAAAGCCUACCUUUAAGAAUAUGACGAUUUUGCACUGUAACAUUACUUUUUUCACAAUUGAGCACAUUUUGCCAAAUUCCCAUUACCUUAUUGUAAGAAAAAAUUGUGGUAAUGAGAAACAUAUUUUUUUAACUUGCCUAACGGCAGUGAGAAUGAGAAAUUCUCAUUGCCGUAAAGCAACAUAUAAGAUCUUUUUUUUUUAAAUUACCAUAAAGCAAGAAAAAAAAAUUCUUUCCCAUUACUGUAAUAAAGAAAAAAAAAAAUCUAAUUCUCAUUACCAUAAUGUCAGAAAAAAAUAUUCUAAUUUCCGUAAUGCAGGAAAAUAAAUCUCAUUCUCAUCAUAAUGCAAGGAAAAAUACUUUAUUGUAACACAAGGGGGAAAAAAACUCAUUCUCAUUAUCUUCAUACAGGAAAAACAUUUUUCUCAUUACCGUAAUCCGUAAUGCAAGAAAAAAAAUCUUACUCUCAUUACUGUAAUGAAAGAAAAAAAAUGUAUUCUCAUUACAAUAAUGUAAGAAAAAAAUCUCAUUCUCAUUACCAUAAUACAAACAAACUCAUUCUCAUUACCAUUAUACAAACGAAUCUCAUUCUCAUAACCAUAAUGCAAUAAACAAAUCUUAUUCUCAUUACCAUAAUGCAAAAAAAACUCAUUCUCAUUACCAUAAUGCAAAAAAAAUCUCAUUCUCAUUACCAUAAUACAAACAAAUCUGAUUCUCAUUACCAUAAUACAAAAAAAAUCAUUCUCAUUACCAUAAUGCAAUAAACAAAUCUCAUUCUCAUUACCAUAAUGCAAAACAAUCUCAUUCUCAUUACCAUAAUGCAAAAAAAGCAAUCUUACUCUCAUUACCAUUAUGUCCAAUAUGUGGAUUUUUUGCUUUUGAGAUUAUUAUUAUUUUUAAUAGUCUCAUUAAUAUGAUUGAAAAGUUUGUAAAAUUUUAUUGUAAUUUUCAUUUUAUUAUUUUAUUACUGUAAAUUACAGUAAAUUUCACUAGCUUAAAAAACAUAAAUAUAAGCCAGUACAACAAAUUGUACCCUAAUGUAUAACUACUGCAUUUCACAUUACAGUAAUGAGAAUUUGGGAGGAAAUGUGCUUAAUUGUCAUGAAAAUAAUGUAGUUAAAAAAAAAAAAAAGGCUUCAUUUUCUUUAUGCAAAAUAUUUCUAAUUUCUGUCUUGACUUGGUGGUGAAAUGUGACCUGGACAGGCUAUGAAACACUGUCAAUCUCCCUCUAGUCCAAAGUGACAUCUCCACUACCUGUGUGUGUAGCAUUCAUAGUCGUCAAGUGUAUUUUAAUGAUAUAAAACUCAUUCAGCCUUCCUGUCGAGCAUGUGUCCGCAUCCAUAUGUGUGUUUGUAUGAAAGAGAGUAAUUGUUCAUGUGGGAGUUCGCUGUGAAUCAUUUUAAAUAACUUGCCAUUUCUUGACAAAUGCCUUUAAGCGCCUGCCUGCCAUUUUAUUUUUGUGAUACGUGUUGAUGUACUGUUCACUGUUCAGAACAACAUUAAAAUUAAAUGAAAAUCUC